AAAAUGUGGGAAGGAGCACAUUUUUAGUAUCAUAUAAUUUAGCCAGAGUUCUCUUGACAUAUCAUGUCUGUGCCAAAACUAUAGGUGUUGUGUGGUGUCUGACAGACUCCAACACUUGACCGGGGUUUACAAAAGAGCAGCUCAUUUUUGGGACAAAACACACCACCUUUCAAAGCAGUGGUUCUGGUCAGUGACAGCCAGCCAUCUUGAUGUGUGUUCUAUAAGUCAAGCAGAAGGACCAGUUUAUACAGGACAUGUAUACCACUGAGAGAUCUUCUUGGACAAGACACCUUAGGUUAAUACUGGUCUGGGACUAUAUGCAAAGAAGCUACCAGUCAUGAUUUAUUUUCCUGCUUGGGGGAAGCAAACAGGUUCAGAUGCUGAGCAGGAUGCUGCUGUCAAACUUGCCCAGGAACGAGCUGAGAUAGUUGCCAAGUAUGACAAAGGACGAGAAGGUGCACAAAUCGAACCCUGGGAAGAUGCAGACUACCUGCUUUACAAAGUUACUGAUAGAUUUGGCUUCUUGCACCCAGAGGAGUUACCUGACUAUGAUGCAGCAUCAGAGAGGCAAAAGCAGCUUGAAAUCGAAAGAACUACAAAAUGGCUGAAGAUGUUGAAAAGCUGGGAGAAAUACAAGAACACUGAAAAGUUUCAUAGGAGAAUCUACAAAGGAAUACCAUUGCAGCUGAGAGGUGAAGUUUGGUCUUUGUUGCUUGAUGUCCCUAAAAUGAAAGAAGAAAUGAAAGACUAUUAUAAUACUUUAAAACGCCAAGCAAGAGGGAGCUCCCCAGAUAUCAGGCAGAUUGAUCUGGAUGUAAAUCGGACAUAUCGGGAUCAUAUCAUGUUUAGAGACAGAUAUGGAGUUAAGCAGCAAGCUUUAUUCCAUGUCUUAGCUGCAUAUUCUGUAUAUAAUACGGAAGUUGGCUAUUGUCAGGGCAUGAGCCACAUCACAGCUCUACUCCUUAUGUAUAUGAAUGAAGAAGAUGCCUUCUGGGCCCUGGUGAAACUCCUCUCAGGACCCAAGCAUGCUCUGCAUGGUUUUUUUAUUCCUGGUUUUCCCAAGCUGUUGAGGUUUCAAGAACAUCAUGACAAAAUAAUGAAGAAAUUUUUGUCUAAGCUUAAGCAGCAUUUUGACUCCCAGGAGGUCAGCACUACUUUUUACACAAUGAAGUGGUUUUUCCAGUGUUUCCUUGACCGUACUCCCUUUCGGUUAACGCUCAGGAUCUGGGACAUCUACAUACUUGAAGGAGAGCGGGUUCUCACUGCAAUGUCUUACACCAUUUUGAAACUGCACAGAAAACACCUGAUGAAAUUGCAAAUGGAAGAACUUGUACAAUUUCUUCAGGAAACUCUCGCCAAAGAUUUCUUCUUUGAGGAUGACUUUGUAAUAGACCAGCUCCAAAGUUCCAUGGCAGAACUGAAACGAGCAAAGCUGGACCUGCCAGUAGCAGGUAAAGAUGAUGAAAUUCCAACAAAGAUGGGAAAAUUUCCACCUGAAAGUCAGCCUGCCAUGCUUAACCUUACGCAGCUGGUCAAUGGACAGAGUGCCACCGGUGGAUCAAACACCACCCAGGGUAGCCAGAGGAAAGGACACAGAACAUCUGCUGAAAGGGGUGAAGAAAGCACUCCAAGAAUACCUGCAGAGAGAGAUCAGGAAAGCUCACCAGGCCACCGAAGAAGGAAAAAUUCUCUGGAAAAGAGGCCUUCUUUGAGGCAGCAAAAGCCUGUAACGGUAAAUGUGCGAAGUGGAUUACCGAAGCAAGACUCCGAGAGCCAGCGGAAAAGACCUGAAGUUCACACGGAGGAUGACUCCAAGCAAAAUCAUAAUGCAGCUGCUAACCAAAAUUCCAAUGCCACUUUAACUACAGGGAAGGAAUUUGUACCCAGGUGGAUUAAACCUUCAGAUGCAAAAGUUAUUGAAAAGACAACGAAACUUGCCAUGGAGAUCAAGAGUCGAGCUGCAAACCACGCCAACUCAGAAAUGCCGCCUAGUUCUGGUGGUGAGGUACAGUCAUUCAACAUAAAGCAGCGGAUGAGGGGUUUGGAUGUUGAUGAGGGUAAGCGAGGGUCAAAUGCAUCGCAGUAUGACAAUGUUCCGGGUGCUGACCUAGAGAAUGAGAACUCUGUGGGUCAGGUGCUGGAGAGAGCAGUCCUGCAGAGUCCAAAAAACACUGCUUUCUUCAGCAAUUCGAGGAAGCCAGCAGAGACAAGAUACAGUCCUCCAAAAAUAUCCAACAGUUACGCCGUCAGCUCCCAGUCAAGAAUCCCCAGAUAUUCCACCCAGUCUGAUGAGUCAGAUGUUGUCCAUAAUAUCAAGCCACCACCCCCAUCUUACAGUAAUCCACCUGUUUACCAUGGAAAUUCUCCCAGGCACGUAACCAACAUUGUUCAUUCCAGUUUCGUAACCACACAGUAUAAUCACGGAAAUCGAACCAACUCUCCUGGGCGACCAUCGAUCCCUGAUCUUGCAGCGGAGACAUUUGCUGAUAAAUCACAUAGAAAUUAUUCGGCCAGCCACCAAAAUCUUGUUGUGACACCUUCGAGUCGGAUAGAGGUUCUCCCAACUGACGCUUACGUGAGCAGUCCUAGGUCUCCUCUAGGCGUGGGGUUUGUGAUUCCUCCAGCAGAUUAUUUGCCAGACAGCAGAAAGUGGGCAGAUUCGACUUACGUAUACAGACAGGAUGCUUAUGGGAAAUCCUGGAGUCAAGAUGGUGGCCAGGGCCACUUGGGUAACUUGAAGAAAUACCCACAUUUUCAGUCAGCACCUGUUAAAGACCAUAACCUCCCCACGGUCUCUGUGGAUAGCCCGAUAAGAUACAGGACUUCUUCAACCUCAGGAGAACUUGGCCCACCACACUACCAGUAUCCAGGUUCACCUGGCCUCACCCACCAUUACAGACACCAAACAGGUGGCUUGUCCAUGCAUGAAUCAGUAUUGCUGUGAGAAUGUCACGUGGUCACCUGAAAGGCCAGGAUUGGAGUAUGCCAGGUUUGCAAGCCUUUAGUUGGUAGCUAUCCACGCUCAGUGUUCUUUGGACGGGGCGAUUUAGAUAAAGUGUAGACAAAAUAACACUAUCUCACAUCUAUGUUAAAGGUUGACAAAAGCUGAAACCGAGCAUUGAAUAUAGCAGAAAAGACUGGAUUUUCAUAAACAUAGCAAUAGCUUUAUAUGUUAAAUGUGACUACCAUGAGAGUUGUUGGUUGCACUUCAGUAGCUUACCUGGGAACUGACCUUGUUGCUCAAAACAUGUAAACCGCCCCCCUCAGUCAGCUGCUCUUGACUUGACACUACAAUCCUUUGUGUGCUUAGUUGUGACAAGAGAAUUUCAGAGUCCAAAAACGUCAGCGUUCAUGUUCUUGGACUGCAUCCACAAAGUACUUUUUAUUUUAUUUUUUAUUUUAUUUUUGAUAACUUAUUUUAUAAAUCAUCCAUUCAUGUAGAAUGGGUGUUUCUUGAGAUUUGUGUGUACACUGCCUCACUAACCCAAGGAUGAGAACGCCGGGUUAGCCGAUGGAAUCUUUAUAGAGGGAAGCCAUUGCCCAUCACUCCGCCAGAAAAGAGAAGGGUUGGAAUCCAAGGCAAAGAUACUCUGAUAUAGCCAAUAAACGGUGCUUCUAAAAUCAGGACUGUCCGUGAAUUGUAGCGUGUGUCUUGGAUGUCAAUGGUAUUUGAGCCCAUCAUCCACGUUCACAUAUCCAGAGGCAGUUCUCCACUGUGUGUGAUGUCAUUCUUAAGUUCCAUAUGCGUGUUUCAGGACGCUGGGGGGAGGGAUGCUAUGUGUGUACUUUUAGCACCCAUGAGUGCUAAUAUAUCUGCCUGGUUAUCAGAGAUGCGGAAGGCCCAUGUUCGGAGAACAUGCGCGGCAGGAUGGGUUUGCACUGAUCCUCUCCACUCCUGUCUCGUGAGGGCUGGAUUUCACAUUUGCCUGGGGGCCUUGCCUGUGUCCAGCCCAACGUGCGUUGGUCCAAAUAACACAGUCCGUACACGUCAAAUGUUGUGGUUUGUGGACUGCAUGGUUUCUGUCUCUUUGGGAUGGUUGGGUGUCACAUAUAUGUGUCCUGAUGUUAAUAUGAAAGCCAGCGUGUGAGUUGGGGCACGGUAUGCCUCAGAUGCUCUUGUGCCUCAGAUACAUUUAGAACAUCCACAGAGUGCUGUGCAACUGGUUAAUCGAGUUGCUUUGGACCACACUGGAUGCUCAGCAAGUCCCUCCUCCUCCUCCUCAAAUAUACAAAACCACGAUACCAACAGCAUGCAACAGAAAGAUAAAAGAAAAUGCUUUUUAAAUGUAAUUCCGUAGAGAUGGCUCACUUCUGCAUCCUUUUUAGCACUGACAAAAAGGUUUGAUCCCUUGAAAAGCACUGGUUAUUUUUGUCCGUGCUUUCAUAAUGAAUCCCAAGAGAUGAAGAUACUUCUUUGCCCUUUGUUGUGUGCACCAUUGGUGUUGCCUUUGUAUCUUUACCGAGGCUGCCCUUCCUCAGCGUUGUUUUGAGGACACCAUGGAUGUGUUCUGUCGGGACAGAUGCAACUUGUUCAAGUUGUAUUAAUUUAACCAUGGGACAAGUGGCUGUUUUGGGGGAAACCUACCCAGUGACUUGUGAUCCACCAAAUCUAGGGCAGCGCAUGAGCCAGAUAUUACGGCUUGCCAUAAAGUAACUUCUUUUUCAUGUCAAACCCUUCUCUUGAUGUCCUAGCAAGCCCUGGAUCACAGGAGACCCAUCAAGUCCUCGGUGGGUUGAGAUUGGCUUGACGACUCACAAGCUGUCCCCACCCGCCCCGUAAUUAGCUUUGAGACCCAGUUCUUCUUUGCUCAGCUAUGCCUGCUGUGAAGGCAUAUGUGAGGUUGUUCCAAAAGCUUUGAUUCGGGUAGCACCAAAUAGGGUGCGGCCAGAUCCCAGCACCAUUUUGUAGUGGUGUCAAAACUGUGUUAGAACUAUUCCUCUUGACUCAAUUUGUAAUCCUCUGUAAUCUGUCUUCUGCCUCCCCCUUUGUGCACUUCAUUUUCUGUUCCCAUAAUUUGUUUGCCCAUCUCUUUUUUUCUUGAUAGCAAUAGACUUUUAGGCCCUUGAGUGGGCUAGUGCUGCUGUGCCGCCGGGCCCUGAAAUGAAGACUGGUAGGCUAAUGCUGAAGGGCUUCCUCAUUGUUAACAGGGAGCCAGCAAAUUCAUUUUAACAAGAGGCCCUGUAACCACUGCCUCACACCACAGAUCUGAUUGCAGAUCUGCCCUGUCUGUCUGGCUCAUCCUUUGAGACUGUUGGUCAGGGACCAUGUCCAGUCAUGUAUCCGAGUUGGCCAAGCAGCCCUAUCUGCAGGCAGGAGAAUCAGUGGCCCCAAGCUGGUGGCAUGCUUAUCCCUAGCCCUACAUCCACGCAAGUGGGAUGGUCCCCAGAAAGACCCAAAGCUGAUCCAGCGAACACAGAGCGGUGCCAUUUCUGGUCCUUCCAGUCCCUCAGUUGCACAGCCAGGGCACUGGUUGGCCAUUUUGUUUUCUGGUGGCCAAGUUCAGCCCAAGCUUUGAGCAGAGCUUCCUGGACUAUAUUCUGGUGUAGCUUGAACUAAAAAUGUUGAACGACUGAUUGACUGACUGACUGACUGACUGACUGACUGAUCUGUUGGGUCUUUUACUCAAACUCAGAAGCUCCCAGGUUGUGAGUGAGGCUGGCGAUUCUUCCCUAGGCUUUGUAAUUACCCACGGGUUCUCAGGCUACCCCAGUGAUGAAGACAUACAAGGACAAAACAUGUUUCUCCUCCCUGCUAGAUCAAAUUUGCACAAUUUGUGACCCUUCAGGCUGAAGCAGGAGGCUGAUGAAAGCCCCUCUAGGCCAGCACCCUCAGUGGCUGGGGGCCUUGGUUCGUCUUCGUGGGUCAUCUGUUGCACACGCCUGCCCUACAAAACGCACUUGUGUAGCAGCCAGCUGUGCGGCAGCAGGUCGACGCUGAUUGUUUUAUGGUACCGAAGUCUUUUAAAAGGCAAGAAAAACUGAAGCAAUGUUUAAUGAAUGUGAAAGACAUUUUUUUUCAGUUUCUAUGUAAUUGAAUAUACAUAAUCUGGUGUAUUUUUUUAAUUCUUUGGCAAGUGGCAUUAAAACCCGCUGCUGAAUGCAGUGAAGUAAGAACCAAGCACUCAUUGAGGAGAGGGUUAUAAGCAAUAAAAGCACUAGUGACCUUCCAGCUAUUGUUGGGCUCCCAAGUCCCUUCCGCAGCACCCAGAAUGCCCAGCAGCUUGGAAUGAUGGGAGUGGUAAACCAACAACAGCUGGAAGGCGAGUCCUUACCCCUGUUGCAAGCUGACAAAACAGAACGUCUUUUCCCCUUUGUUCUGACUUACCUACUGUUGCAUAAACUUGUUUGUAAGAAAGUGGUUAUGUAACAAUCCCAAGGUUUAAAUCAUGGCUUUGUGAUGCAUAAUAAAUAUAAUAAAAUGUAAGUUGUACAAUUUACUGGAUGCUAGCAGCAGAAAGCUGCUCUUAAAAUAUGUAUUGAGACUAGUAAAUACUGUAGAUUUUUAAAAUAUAUAUAUAAAUAUAUAUAUACAUGCUAUUUUUCUUACAUCAUCUUCAACAGUUUUUAAACUAUGUUUUCCUAUUUUGUUGUGACCUGUAUUUUUAACAUGUUAAAAAAAAUUCUUAAGCCUA